AUGAGCAGGGAAGCAGCAGCAGGUAGCAAAUCCCAUGCUUCCUCCCCGCCCACUUUCUCGCAUCCGCACGCCGUCGCGCAGAAGCAGCCAAGCACACGGCUCUCUGCUGGUCCCGCCGAGAGGCCAAGAAGUGCAGCUCGCCGAAUGGACGUCUGGCUGAGACGCAUCUCUCACCUGUCCGCUUCCGCAUUCGGCGUUUUUGUAAUCCUACACAUCAGCGCACCCGUCGUCGCUGCCAUAGCGCCACCCAACUCUGCGCAAGAGUGGGCAGGCAAGACGAUGGUGAGUCGCGCAUCGAGCUUGCCUUGCCGGGGGAAAUCACGUUCGGUUUUGCCCUGAGCGCUAAAGAUGCGGGCGGAUGUCUCAUCGCGCGUGCGCAUACACGCUGUGCAAGCGCAUCUCUCUCCUCUUGAUCGAACGGCCCUGCUGACACUCUUGCUUCUGUAUCAGCUUCUGGGAAGAGUGUAUUAUCAGGGCGCAUGGUCUGAGCCUGUGCUGGUCUGGGCAAUGCUCGGAGCGCACAUCAGCUCCUCGCUAUCCAGGCGGCUAUUGAGAUCCACCGCUUCCACCACCUCCCCCGUCGCCCAGCGAAUCAAGGCACCCUCAUCGCACACCACCAGCGCAAUCAUCCUCCUACCCCUCCUCGCCCUUCAUUCCCUCACCACUCGUCUGAUCCCCGCACGAAAAGGCGUGUCCGAAGUGCUGGAUCAUUCUUUCGUAGCCAGGGGAUUCCAAACAUGGCCCUUGCUCAGUUGUGGCUCGUAUGCAGCCCUGUUGGGCGCCAUGCUGAUUCACAGCAUAGGUGGAGCACGUCGCAUCUACUCGGCAUGCAGACCGACCCUGCGCAAUUGGAGACUCGGCCGUGCCUCGAACGCUGCUGCGUCAGAUGCGCUGCUGCAUCUAGCGCGCAAAGAUGAAAGAGGAGCGCGAGCUCUGGCGAGAAAGACGGAUGCGCGCAUCAAUGGCAAGAGAAGGAGCGACGCCACGUUGCUUGGAGCAGGAAUCGCCUCGCUUUGGCUAGCUCUGGGAUUGACAAGGAUCGUAGCCGACGGCGCAGAUUUGGGACCGGUCAUGUUGGCAAAGGUGAGCUGCUGCUGCUGCGACCGACGUCGACGCAUGGUUUUUGCGCUCCAUUAUUCUGACACGAAUCGAGCCCCUCUCUCUCGCCGUCUUGCUGGCUGUGAAAGUACGACGCUUGCUAUCUAGCCGUAUGGCCUUACCGCGCAGUGCGCCGAGUCGGACGCUAG